GAGAACUCGCCCACAGCGCUGGACUGAGAAGAGACUAAAGGAGAAAACUAACCCCAUACGAGAUUCUUUGCUCGUACGCGCGCGCUCACCGGAGAGUACGUCACGGCGACGCGCGCGUAUAUCAGGCUGUGAUCCGCCGCCAGCGCAGGACGGUGGAGAGCAGAAAGCAGACGGGAACUAUAAGACAGUAUUUGGCUUGCUGAAAUACAAGCUUUUGACCUAAACCACGACUUGACAAAUGAAAAGGAGUUUUGUGAUUCCGUGAAUCCGCCUGAAUGGUGAAGAUUAAAGGAAGAGAGCGACCUGGGGAAAAAAUCCAGCAAAGUGAGUCGCAGCGUCUGCUUCCGACUUCUGCCCAGUGUUGGUGAAGGCCUGAAACCAGGAAAGGAACACCACUUUGCACUGGAGGGAGGAGCCUAAUGCCUCAGAAAUGUGAAACUAUCAGUUACUGUAGCCCCACCCCUUACAGGGAACCAGGGAAACAAGCCUCCAAUCUGCAGGCAAUCUGGAGGUCUGCCACCAUGCACCUCAAGCCAUAUCCCAAAACACAGAAUAAAGAGCUUCACCAAGAGGGAGGGCAAGAUGGCACACACAAUCUUCACAUGGACCAGCGAGGAGUACUCAGAACUGAGUGGGGUGUCUGCCAAGCAUGCAGCCUUGUGGGCUCGCCUGGCAACGGUACAGUCAACCGGUGCCCCCUCAGUGUUAUCUCUACUAAUACCCUCCAUUGUACCACCAAUAAUGGCAGUGCUGCACCCAAUAGAUCAAAUGGAGAUUUCUCCAGCUCCUGGACCCACAAGACCAAGGCACCUUCCUCUGUCACUACAUUCACAAGUUCCUUAGUUCUGUUCUCAACCAGUUUGGAGAAUGAGGGCUCAUUAAGGAUAUAUCAGGGAGAGGAAGGAGAAGGAUCUUUAGACAUAUGGGCCGUCAUCAAACCUGGGAAUACCAAGGAGAAGAUUACAAUCUUUACUGCCCAGAAGUGUAGCCAUGUUGGUGCAGGUGGCAAUGACAAAGCACCAGAGAAAGGGGGGAUUACCCCAGAUAUGAGAGUGAUAUCAUUGAAAAGCAAAGGUUGCUGGGAUGGUGACUGGUCUGUAGCGAAGCGCAGAAAAAGGUCUGGAAACCCAGACAAGCAAAGAAGCAUAGAGCCUCCAGCUCAAAAACCUGAGAUAUGCACAGCACCCGUGACUCCGAACAACAACUCGGAUCAUUGCUAUGGUGUAGCUGGGGAACUUGACAGAACAGAUGGAGAAGAGAGUGGAAAAACGCCCUCUGUUGUGGAAAUAGUGGCAUUCUUUGAGCAGAGGGCUUGUGAUCAGCAGGUAGAUUUGAAGCCUCAGUCAUUGCGAAGCUCCAGCACAAUUACUCUGUCCAAAGCUGGAUCACUGGUUCAGCCAACACAGCAAGGAUGCCAAGGCCUGCAGCUGUCAGAAGUCCCUGAGGAAGAGGAAUCAGUGCGGGUACUGGACAUGGUUGCCAAGGUGGAAUCACAGUGCCUAAGCAGACAGGACCUCAGAGAUGGGGGAAACCUCUCGCGCAACAAUAGUCUACGGAGGAGGGUGGGACGUGUUCUGCUGGCAGGGUCUGAACCGUGCUCUAUGCCCUUGCAGCCAGCAAUACCUGCCCUGCCUCAAGAUGAGAGGGUAGAACGUGCAACAGAAGGAUUUGCAAGCGUGACUGACAAACUCAGUGGCCCUUCUGAAGCCCCUUCACCUGUGUCAACAGAGAACUCUGAGAGUUUAGUCAGCUAUACCAGAGUACAGCAAGGAAGUAAGAAUGUUGCCGAACAAGAGACAUGUGCAAAUAUAGAGACAGUGAAGCACUUGCAGCCUCUAACCAGUCCAACCGAUACGAAGGCCAGUGAUUGCAGGGAAGAACCUCUUCCAGGUAUGCUGUUUUUUGCCCCUUCCACCCCUAAGGCACUUGAGCAGAAACCACUGACUGUUUCUGAGAAUAGCCCUGUAUCUCAGAAUGUAGAGUGCUCCUCUAAUGGCCAAGAGAGUGACCAUGCAGGAGCACGGUCACUCCAGCAAACACUGGGCCCUCUUUCAGCUAAAGAGCCAUCCAGUGAAGAGAACAUGGUUAGAGUGUGGGCUGAUGUAGAGGAAACUGAAGGGGAAGUCAGUUUAAUUAGUCGGGAUCCUGUGCCUUUGCCCUUGCGUCGCCUAGUGUCUCAUGAGUUCUUGGAGACCCGCUUCAAAAUCCAGCUCCUUCUGGAGCCUCAACAGUACAUGGCCUUCUUGCCCCAUCACAUUAUUGUCAAGAUUUUUAGCUUGCUGCCUACCGAAAGCCUGGCUGCUCUCAAGUGCACCUGUCACUACUUCAAGUUUAUCAUUGAGAGUUAUGGUGUGCGACCAUCUGACUCCCUUUGGGUGAGUGACCCACGCUACAAAGAUGAUCCUUGCAAGCAGUGCAAGAAGCGCUAUGACCGUGGUGAUGUGUCACUGUGUCGUUGGCACCAUAAACCCUACUGCCAGGCAUUGCCCUAUGGCCCUGGCUACUGGAUGUGCUGCAGGGGGUCCCACAAAGACACACCUGGUUGCAAUGUGGGACUCCAUGACAACCGCUGGGUCCCUGCCUUUUAUAGUAUCAAUAUGCCAAUUUAUAAGAAAAGCAGGGAAAAUGAAGAUGUGUAGUUGUGCCAGAGGAUGGAUGGUGUUUGAGCUGUUUGGUUGGGCUGUGUGGAUGAACAGUGUUUCUUGUGCCUCUGUGCUGCCAUAUGAGCAUGUGCGGUUUUUUUUUUUUUUUUUUUUUUUUUUUGGGUCUUCUUUGGAUGUUGAAACUGCUUGUAACCACAUUUGCUGAAACUAACCAGGUGGAUUGCUGUACUUUUUCCUCUGAUCCUCUCCUGCUAACCACCAACUCAUCUCUCUACCCUCCUCAGGUCCUUAAAGUUGGUCUGCACUUUAACCUUUUAAGAAAAGACUGAAUUCUCAUGAAUUCUGUCAGGGUACUGCUUUCACUGAGUCUACUCUUGACAAGCAUUAACCUACUUUUCACUAACUUAUUUCUUAACCUCAAAAAAAAUCUCAUUGAUUGCGUUCACUGUCAUUCAAUAUAUUUGACAAGAAUAAGCCUAACUUUUACUUUUCUAUAAGAUGGAAACAUUAUCUUGUUCACAUAAAGGGCUUAAUAUAAUUUUAAAAUUUUCUGUGCCCCAUGCACCAUCUCAUAAUCCUAAUAGCAUCUCCUGGGGUCAUGAUGGAGUAGCUGACCUUAUCUCUGGCUGGUCUGAAAGUUGUUCUGAGCCCAGUUGUUUACAUUGUACAUAGCGAAGUCAUGUAUCAUAAUAGGGUGAAGAAUGCUGGCACAAGUGUGACUUGAACUGCAACUUCAGGUUCAACACUUAAAUGCCAAAGUGUGUAUAUUUCACAUUGCUUGCUCUUGUUCUUUCAGUGAGUCCUUAUGUUAAACCACUGUUAAAUAGCAGUGCGCACACCUUUUAAAUGUUGGCAUCUCCCUGGUGUGAUGCAGUGUCUCUUACAAGGAGACAUCUGAAUGUGGGAAGACUGACCAACCAUAUCUGUAUAGCAGCUUACUGGAUGGCAUCUGGAAAAAAGACAGAAUUCACAGUAAUGGAAAGAGAAUGGUCUCCAAAGUGUGUUUCAGAAUUUUAAACAGCAUUAUUGUAACAUGUGUUUUCUGCCUUAUGAGGCAUUUUACUUCAAUAAAGUGUAUUCUUGGAGGAUCUGUAAGCUGCUCCUAUUUCCUCUUUUGAAUUGAUGCAAACAUAAAACAAGUAUUGCAUUCUAAGUAGAACAUUUGUGUAUGAAUUUAAAGUUGGGAGAAUUUACUUUUAGUAUUGGGAUUUUGUGACUUAGAAAGGUGGGGACUAACAAACCUAUUGCACUUGAGAAAGUUCACAACAUUAAUGAUCCCUGUAAUAUAUUUAAGGGCAAUGGGCCUCGUUCACCAACGAUUCUUAAGAGAUUUCUUCUUAAAACCCAACUUUCACCAAACACACGUUUUCCUAUUUGGGAUGUAUUCUUAAGGAAGAAUAGAAUCUACGCACACUCAAGUGUGUAAACAAUUCAUCGGUUUAGGAAUAAAUCACAAAUCUGAUGGACUUUGACUUAACGUAGGAAAUUCGAAGAUAUUGGUGAAUGAGCCCGAAUGUUACUUUAUUCUACUUAUACCGAAAAAGUCCAGUACCUUUUGGGCUUGUGCUCUUAAGCAGUUUCAAGUUGCUUUACCCUUUCAUGUCCCUGUUGUUCCUUGUACUGACAGAUUUGGCAUCUUCUAAUCAGAGGUAUAUAAAAUAUAUAAUGCAUAAUGUUUGUGUGUGUGUGUGUAUAUAGAUAUAUAAUCUAAUAUUCAGAUGUACAUUGGGAUCACACACUUGCUUUAUUUUACUCAAACUAUGUAUAUACAGAUAUAAAUAUUUCUUUUUUUUCCCCUUUUUAAAUUGUGUGGCCUUGAAGUGCACAGUAUAAAUGAGUGGUUGAAAACAUUUGACUGGGUAAUAAAAUGCAUGAAAAUA